AUGCUGAACUUAUUAUGAAUGCAAUUGAUAAGCAAGGUUUCGUGUAUCUGACAAUAGUGAAUUUAAAUAAAAUCAUUAUUGGCGGAUCAACAACUCAUAAAGUUUUAGACAAUGCGUUGCAAUUUCUUGUUCCAGAAUGUAAUCGUUUAAUAAAACGUAAAAUAAAUAUUUUUUGAAGAAAUAUUUAUCCAUGGUUAAAAUAUGGAACGUAAAGCAGUGCCAGAUAAUAAUCCCUGGUCAAAUUUAAUGACCAUAACAAAAUUUGACAGAGGUAAUAAUACCAAGACGACAAUUCGAUGGGACACCAGAUCUGAAACUCAAAACAAUGAACAAAUUAUUCCUGCAGCUACUUCUUCUAUUAGUCUUCUAAUUGAAUCACUAAUCAAACAGAUAUGUACAAUGUUUGAAGGCGAUACUGUUCGAAGGAAUAAACUUUAUUUUAAGAUAUGUGAUAGACUUCAUGAAAUAGGACUAAUUGAUACUUCUUAUAAUUCAAUGGAAUUGGAAGGUAUUAGAGGUCAAUUUCAACAUGCAUUAUACAGAUUAGUUGCACUUGCACGCACUGCUACUGGCAGUGAACAUCCUUUGAAUGUUCCUAGUUGUCUGAUGGCUGAAUGGUCACGCUAUCGUAGAGAAUUUCAUGAAAUAAGUUUUAUUGGCGGUGGUGGAUUUGGUAAUGUAUAUAAAGCAUUACAUCGUCUGGAUGGUAUUGAAUAUGCAGUGAAAAAAAUUAUUGUACAAUCUGGACAUGUGAGUACUAUAAAGCAACACCUUGAAGAAGUCAAAAGUCUUGCCAAAUUAAAUCAUAUGAAUAUAGUUGCUUAUAAGACUGCUUGGAUAGAGCCUACAUUAGUAACAACUACUGUUCCAAGUUUACCAAAUGUAGGGAAUGAACGAAGCAAGAGCCAUUUUUCAAAAUAUAGAGCAAAAAGAAAUAUACCUCAUCAAUCAUGUAAAAAUAAUAAUUUUAAUAACAAUAGUCAAUUGAUUUCUAAUAGUAACAACAGUAAAAAAAACAGCGGACAAGAUAUAUCGUUAAAAUCCGAUAAAGAAGUAUUUUACAAAACUGGUAUGUAUUUUCACAUAGAGAACAAUGCUCAAAAACAUGUGAGUGGAAGUGCAGGUGGUUAUAUAAUAAGUCACGAUAUUAUUAAUGAAAGAUUUCUUGAACUCAAUUCAUUGACUAAUAUUAUAGGACAAAGAAUAAUCGAACGAAGUAGUUCAACCAGUACAGAAGAUACUUCAGAUAUUGUAUCAUUUAGAAAUGAUAGUAAUAACAGUAAAAGUAAUAAUGAUUAUUCAAGAAGUAAUGCCAAUUAUAUAGUUAGUGACUCAAAUGAUGAAUCUAGUAGUGAUAUUAACAAUCAAAUUUAUCAAUAUAAAUCACGAGUGGACCCUUGUUAUGCAACUUUAUAUAUUCAAAUGGCACUUUGUGAUAAAACGUUACAACAGUGGUUAAAGGAACGAGAUGAUUCUACUUCACAACAGACAAUUACUACAAUAUUUACACAAAUUCUUCAAGGUGUAGAUCAUAUACAUUCUCUUGGAAUGGUACACCAUGAUAUAAAGCCAAGCAAUAUAUUCAUAACAGCACAUUUUCAAAUCCAAUUAGGGGAUUUUGGUUUAGCUUGCCCGUUGCAAAGAAAAGAUCAUGAUUCUGUAUUUGGUACACAUAUGUAUGCAGCACCUGAACAAUUGAAAGGAAAAUGCAAUCCAAAGAGUGACAUAUACAGUAUAGGAAUUGUUCUGUUAGAGCUAUUAAUUUAUACAAAAACACAAAUGGAGCUUUGUUGUAUUAUUGAUGAAUUGAAAAAAGACCAAUUACCAGUAUCAUUAAUUAAAAAUCAUCCAAAAUGGGCUCAUAUAAUUUGCCAAUUAAUACAAGAAGAUCCUAAUAAAAGGCCAUCGACAGAUGAACUAUUACAAAAUGUAACUGAAGAUAAAGAUGUAGUAAUAGCGCAAUUAAAACAUGAUAUUGUCAAAAAAGAUAAUACAAUAAGAGAAUUACAAGAAAAAAUCACUAUGCUGCAGGCAUUUAUUACUAAAUCCGAACCUCCAUCAGAAAACCAAUAAAACCUAUUAUAAUUGAUAUGUAUGUGAUUAAUAAAAUUUUAUAUGGAA